GCAGCUACCAUCAAUUGAAGAUUAACGAUUUCCAUAGCAUAAUGGCACCUUUGCCCGACACACCGGCAGGCAGGCCACCGGUUCUGAAAGCUGCAUACCUGGCCCCCGCCACCUCGCCGCCAGACCCAGCUCAACCCCAAGCCCCGCUACAACAUACCUUUCAGCACCAGCUCUCCACAUCCCUCUCGUCACACACCACGGACGCAACUGCUAGAAGGACCGCUUACUUGUCCGAACUACGAGGCGCUGUGGUCUCGCUGCAGGGCGAGGUCAACGCUUAUUUGACCGCACGGAUGGAAGAGGACAGCGCUCGGUCAGCCAGAGUAGAGGGGAAAGACGAAACCAAGGAAGAAGAGAAUUAUGGAGAAGAGGUGGUCAACGAAGAGGAGGAUGAAGAUUAAGUGACAGCUACACGUUUUCGAGGUCCUCAUCAAAUUUGACGUGGAUUGAAAUGCUAAGGUCCGCAGAUGAAGCCUUGGAUUUGAUAUGGUUGGGAUACGAUGAAAAAAGACAACCGGGUAUCAGUUGGAUCGCGACAAUCGCAUAUUCUCAACCGGAAAAAAAAACAAAAAAAAAAAAAAAAAAAAAAAGAGAAUAAGACGAGAAGUGUAUAUACAGUCGAAGCAAAAAAGUUCCCAGGACGUGAUCCAGUCUUAAAAACAAUAUCAGAGGGCACCGUUCCCAGACAAACCGAGGACAAAAAAAUAUUCCCUUGAAAAAUCCGUGCUUUAAACGCCGGGGCUUCGUCUAUUAACGCAACCGAGAUGUACGACCGUAUUGCUACAGGGACGCUGAUGACGCUGCCACCCAACC